AUGCACUGGAUCUUCUGUGCCUGCCUUGCCGCAUCCAUCCUUGGACUCAGCCUGGAACACAACACCUUCUUUGAAGGAUAUGACCUGUCUCUAUCAGGUUAUCAUUUAUGCACUGAAACAAUGGUCAUAAAUGAUAGCCAAGUGAUGUCGUACAAGACUGCCUACACAGAGAGGAUUUCCUGCGGAGGCUGGCUUCCCUGGAAGAUGUGUCAGAGGACUCUGUAUAAAACAGUCUAUAAAACUGUGUUUGUCCAAGUCAGAAAAGAGACCACCAGGUGUUGUGAUGGAUAUGAACAAGUCGGCAGCUACUGCGCUUUACCGUUGAGCAGGAGUGCAGAGUUCACUGCCAAGCCAGGGUCCUGCCCAGAAAGGACAGAGGCCUGUGGUUCUGUAUGUGAAUGGGACACAGAUUGCCCUGGGUUUCAGAAGUGCUGCAAGGCGGAAGGCCGCUCUUGCUGCAUUAACACAAUGGCUGAAGAUGAAGACAGAGAAUGGUGCCUUCAUGUAACCAUCGUUGUGAAGACAAAUUUUGAAGACUUGGUCUCGAAGCAUGAGGGAAUCCUGAAUCAUACUCGGCUCUUACAUGCUAUGGUCACGGGAGCACUGAACUCCUCAGAUUGCUCUGUGUUCUACCUCCGCUCGCGCCAACAUGGCCCCUUCAGCACAGCCUCUGAGAUUCUGAUUGGCUCCUCUCAGGAACUGUCCCUGCAGAACAUCACUUCCCAGCUGCACCUUCUCGUAAAACAUAUUGAGGAAGUAUCCAGCGUGGAGGUGCAAGAUAUGGAUGAAUGUGCCCAUGUGGAACUGAACAACUGCUCACCGGACGCUGACUGCAUCAACACUGAGGGGUCUUACAGCUGCUCCUGUCGCCCUGGCUUCACUGAUCUGAGCUUUAACCUCACUGGCUCACAUUGCCAGGCUGUGCAGACUCUAAGGGGGAAAGUCCGCUUGACUAACGUGGAAUUCACAGAAGCCUUUCUGAACUCCAGCAGCCAGGACUACCUCAAUUUCACCCAAAACAUUGAGAGAGAGAUCAUAGCAGGUCUGUCUCCAGACAUGCAGGAUCUGGUAUAUUCCGGUGCUGUGAAUAUCCAGAUAACAGGCCUUGCUUCUGGAAGUGUGGUGGUGAACUUUGUGAUGGUGUUCUCUCUGAAUGGAUCCCAGGACAUCACCAAUGUAUCUUGGGCUCUGAUGCGGUCCCUGCAGAACAGUUCCAAAUACAUUGUGGACGGUAGCAGCUCCAGCAUAGACGAUUUUGAUGAGUGCUUAGCAGGUGAUGCAGAUUGCUCCCUCUUUGCUGUGUGUGAAAACACUUGGGGUUCCUAUACCUGCACCUGCAGAGAGGGGUUUACAGACACAAACCCCAAUAAGAGAGGCCGAACCUGUGCAGAUGUAGAUGAAUGCUCCACUGGUGUGAACACAUGUCACAGGAAUGCAAAUUGCUACAACUCUGUGGGGAGCUACAACUGCAUCUGUCAGGAUGGCUUUAGAGACAUUGGUUCAAACUACACAGGCAGGAACUGCACAGCUUGGCCCACCACAGCGUCCACACUGUCCAGCACAACACUCAGCAGCACAAGCAGCACGAGCAGCACAUCCACAACAUCCAGCACAUCCAGCACCGCAGCAAAUUCGCACACAACCCCAACCCUGACGUCGCUGGCGCCAGUUAUUUCACAGGAGGAUGCCAUCGUCGUCGAGUGCAGUGCCAACGAGAUCUCAGUCAGUGUGGUGAAGGAGUUUCUAAGGUCCAAGUUCAUCACAGGGAGCUCUCUGUACCUGGGAAGGCAGGAGUGUGGCGUGACCGCCGACAACACUAGUCAUGUCCAGCUGACUGUCACCUGGGGGCAGUGCGGUGUCACGUUCCAGCAUAACACAACUCACAACAGUGCUCAGAUAACUUUGUAUAAUAACCGGACCUCAGGUUCUCUGAUUGCACCUAAAGCAUUCCUAGAGGUACCCAUUGUGUGCACGUACAGAAGCAGCAUCCUCAUCUCCACAGGCUAUGCCCCGACAGGCUAUGACAUGAUCAAAGACAUAGUUGAAGGAUCUGGGACCUUCCAUGUGACCGUUCAGAUUCUGAAUGGAACUUCCCCUCUCCCUCAAAAUUACUCGCUGUCUCCAAAUGAAGAGGUUGUAGUUGAAGUGGCAAUCAACUCCACACUGGAGCAAAUCAAGCUCGUCAUCAAUGAAUGUUGGGCUACCCCGACAAGCAACCCCUCAGACUCCACAUCCUACUUCUUCCUGCAAAACAGUUGCCCAGUCCCUAACACAUACACCACAGUUCUACAGAAUGGGAAUUCCAGCAGAUCUCGUCUAGCGCUGCGUAUCUUCUCAUUUGUGGAGCAGAGUGUAAUAUACUUGCACUGUAAAAUUCAGAUUUGCAUUGAGACCGCAGAGGCCACCUGCAGACCGGACUGCACACCACGCACAGGGAGAUCCAUCAAUGUAGUUGGUAUAGCAAGAGCAUCGUAUGGUCCUAUCUUUAAGAAUAGAAAUGGGUCAACCAAAGAUAUGAUUGAUGCAUUCCCAGAGGUAGCCGCCAUCAUCCUGGGAGUGGGAAUAGGCCUUCUGCUCCUCGGGGUUCUGACCCUGGUCUGUUACCGAAAGAGGCGAGUUGGACACUACAAUUUCAACUUCAAACCCAAUCAAGAGAAAUUCACAUAUCAUGUUUUUGAUACUUAA